UAAAUUAGUUACAAUUUCAGAUUUCUACAAAAAAAAAAUGUUAGAUAUUUUGGAUUUUGUCAUGCUCCAUUUUGUUUAGCAAGAACCUAAUUUUCUUAAGGCUUGUUGAAGUGAUUCUAGGAUGGAUGACCCAGAAUCUGAAUGGGAAAUCAAAGAAUCAUCAUCAACAGAUGGAAAACUAAGAUGGGUGGUGAGAUUGGGUAGAAAAAUUCUGGUGACUGGAAUUGUUGUAUCAUCUGCACCGCUUAUUCUUCCUCCUAUAAUGGCUGUUUCUGCCAUUGGGUUGGUCUGUUCUGUCCCUUAUGGUGUGUUGUUGGUAAGUUAUGCUUGCACCAGGACUUUAAUGAGUUGGUUACUUCCGAUGCCUUCGCCACCUGCCCCAUUGUUGUUGCAAUAUGGUAAGUCAUUUAAUGGCGACGACGAGUUAAUUGAGGAUAGAAUCGAAUUGAUUUACAAGGGACAUGAGGCACUGGAAAAUGGGGCUGAAAAUGAUGGAAAGGAAUCUGUUCAACAAGCAGAUGAAAUUGCGGAGGAAACCGGGUAUGACAAAGAUGACUUGAAUGAAAGGACAUCCGAAUGUUUCGAGGAAGUUAAGGAAAUGACAGGAUUGGAAGUAGAGCAACCUAUUAUAGAGGAAAGUCAGAACAAACAGCCAGCAGGCAUUAAAGCUCUUGUUGAGGGGGACGAUAAGUGCGCCAACAAUAUCGAGAAGGAAACACUGCUGGGAUAUGAAAAUGUGGAUGAGAAAGAGGAAUUAGCAAGAGACAUGGGGAAGGAUGAGAAUGUAGAUGCACCGAGAAAGCGAAGAAAGAAGACCAAGUCUAAAAGAGGAUCAUUUGAAAGAUACAGAAAAGAGGGUACUAGUUUCCAUCCAGCAGAAGUUAAGCAGGGUGUGGAAAAAGAACAAGUCGAUUCCAAGUUAACAAUGUCGGAAGGGGACGAAGGAACAUCGAGAAGGAAACAUGAACAACUCCUUAUGGAAGAAAGUUUGACAGAACAGCCAGUAGACGAUAAGGUUAUAGGUGCUCGGGGUAACCUAAAGGGAAGGGAGAAUGACAAGGAAACACCUCUUGAUGUUCAAAAUGUCCCUGUACAGUUAUUUCAGGCCAUUGAUGUCGAAGAGAAUGAGAAAUUAAUAGGGACAACUGGAGAACAAUCGAACGAGGAAGAAUAUGUUAAAGAUGGAAGUAUGAGUGAACAACCAAUGGAGGAGGCCUGUAAAAUUGUGGUUGAGUUUGAAGGAGAUGGGAAGAAUGAUAUCAACAUGGAGAACGAAACACCGUUUCAGAUGAAAAUGGCAGAUAUCCAUGUAACACAGUCUACUGAUAUUGUAGAGGACGAAGAGUUAGUGAGGGAGAGUAGGGGAUUAUUAGAAAAAAUCCGAGAUGGGAGGAAUAAAUCUGAGGAAAUGGAUGUUGAGAAAAGAGCUCAAUCAAUGGGGUCAGUUUGUGAGACAGCGCAGGAUGAUAGCAUUGCAAAGUGGCUUACAGUCGAAAGUGAUACAGUGGUUGGAGGACGACAAGCUGAGGAUGUUAAACCAAAUUAUCAACUGAAUAAGGUGAACGAAGAUGUGGUUCUUUCCUAUGAAAACGAAAGAGAAAUCAACGAGGAACAAGGGGUUGGCCUGUUAGGAAAGGCAAGUACAGAUAGUCUACAGGACUCCCCCCCAGAAGUGAACACUGAAGAAAGUUGGCCUUCAUCGACUUAUUCAGUUCACCAAGAAGCUUCUGAUUCUUCAGAUCUUCCUGUUUCUACAAAGGCCGAGGGAGCAGAAGGCAUACGAGUUUCUGCAGAAAAUGCCAUUGAUGUCGCUUCUGAUGAGCAUGAGGAGAAUAUUUGGGAACAGAUGAAUAUUCUGAGAACAAUAGUAGGGUAUAAAGCUGAACAAAAAGAAACAUGCAUCGAAGAAUUGAAAGCUCUCUAUCUGUUCACUGGAAUUGAGCCCCCGGCGUCUUUGUCCAAUGACAGUUGUGAUCUUGGUGAAGUCGAUGUGAAGCUCGGGUUUCUCAAGUCAGUCGUUGGAGUCAAGUAGGA